CUAAAUUAGCCGCUACCACUCGAGUUGCCUCCAGUGUCGCAGUGUUUUUCCUUGCAAGAUAAAGGACCUUUUGGUAUAGCUUCUCUAUGUCGACUCGACCACAAUAGACCGACGUGACUUAAUCUACAACUUCACUCAGGUACACGGUACAUUUUCAAAGAUGGCAAAGCCAGCGGCGAUACAGAAGACGCAUGGUAAAUAUCUGUGGUACGCCCUGCUGGGUCUUGGAUUUCAACCAGACACCGUCACGUCAGUGUUAAUCGGAAAAGCCAAUGUUAAACGCAUCAAUCUGGGGAUAAAUAUGUUUGAUAAACCGAAUAAGGAUGCAUUCUACAUUGUCAUCCAUUUCUUGUUGAAGAAGCUCAAUCCCACACGCUUCCAAGAGCAAUACAGGCAUUGCUGGCCUGUGCUGGACCACAAAGCGGAUGCCGAGUUUCGGAAAGUCACCUGUUCUUGGCUGCGAGACAUAAUGGAGGAAAAUGGCAGCGGAGGAUGUAAAGUGGUAGCGUCUUUGUUCCUUGCUCCUGGAGGCCACAAGUUUGUACAGCUGAUGUUUCAUUUGGCCAAACAUGUGAUGCUGCAAGAGAUGAAGACAUUCUCCACUGAUGGCAUCUGGGUUCCAGAGGCUGCUGCCACACCAGCUUCCUCCCUGGAUAUGGCAUUGAAGAGAAAUAAACUGGUCAAGGCAAGAUUUUUGAAACAUGCUGUGGAGCAGGACCAACUUCUCCAAGAGUACCAGAGACGAGCCCAGGCUCUGGUGAAGUCUGUAAGAAAUAUCCGGGCUGAAGGUGCCAAGAUUGAUGAUCUCAAGUGCUCCAAAGUUGACUCUCCACAAGAAGGAGCUUCUUUAGCUGAAAAGCUUCAAAGGGUGCGCUCCCUGUGGUCAGACAUUGAUGAAAUGUUGUCUGCGGUCAAAGAGGACCAGCGAGUGGUGAACUGUGUCAUGAAGGGGGAUGCAGAUCAGUCCACCCUGGAUGGAGCGGACAUGGUGCUGAAAAUCCCCCGUGCUCUCUUGGAGAGAAUUGAGCAGCUCCCACAGCACUUGAGUACAGGGAACAUGUACGAGGCAGGCAAUUUGAAUCUGCUGUGUGUGCUGGAGCUGAUGAACCACGCUCUACAGCUCUUAAGGGAGGAGCGGACUCAGGUUGGCACCCACACCCCCCAGUCCCAGCUCUCUUCCCAGCAGCUGCAGGAGAAAAGCCAGCGGAUGAGCCAUACGCUGGCGAGCCUACGUCUUAUGAGACAGAGGAUCUCCUUGGAGGAAAUACCAGAGGUCAUGAGCAGCAUAAGAAAGCUGGAGUCAGAAUGGGACAGGAAGUGGAAGAAAAUUCAGCAGGAAACACCACUGGUCUCCGUUCUGAAUGAAGAUCCUGCUCUUGGUUUCCUCUCACCUAUGGCUCCACUGUGUUUUGGACCAGGAGCUGAAGCUGCAUACCGAUCCAGUGUUUUCUCCCAGUACCCUGCUAAGCUUCUUGAGAGGCCUGAAGAGACUGAAUCAGAUCAAGGAGUCGGCACUAUUUAUUCAGAGUUAAAAAGGAAUAGCUUUUGUACUUCUCCUGUUGAGAUGCCAGGCACUCCUAUUGCUGCCACUGAAUCACUUCGAGCAAAUUCUUCACUCCAUGAGCUCUUUGAAACGCCACCAUCAUCUGCUGUCACAGCAGCAUCACCUCCAAAACCUCAUCAGGCCAGUGUAAGGAAGGUGACUCGUGCUCAUCCUAAGAUGAAGGCUGUGAAAAAUACCACUGAGAUAUUAGACUUGGAAUAUGACAACCUAGCAAACCAGUUUGCAGAUGCUGUGACUUCAGCCAGUCCCCUGGAUUACAGUGUCAAAGAUUUAGAACUGGAAGAUCUCCUCAGCACCCUAGGCGGAGACCCGUUUUCUGCAAGGAAGCAAUUACCACGUACCCCUGAAAGCCUAAUUAAGGACGUGAAGAGCUACUGGCGAAAGGCGGUUGAGGAAGACGUUGGACAGAAACCCAGACAGUCAGUCAAGUUUUCCGGCAACAGCAUCUUGGAGUAUUUCACCCCCCUUGACAAAGUGCAGGAAGACCCACUGAGCCCUGGCUCCUCCUGUCAGUCUGACUCCUGUGCUGCUGCUACCACACCGCCCCCCAGUAGUCCCCCUGUCCAUCAUCAGGGGAGCUCCUUCUUGUCUACUCUGUCCUGGGACUCGUCCAACAUGGAGGCCCUUCACAGCCUGAGGGGCAUGGGCAGCAGCACUGUGCACUUUAGCCAAGAGCAAGACCAAGAAACACUUCCCGAAAUGCCAGGCAAUGACAGCCUGCUGAGCUUAAUCGAUGAAGCGCCAGACACUUCCAGCACCUCAGAGGAGGAAGCACUUCUGCUCCUUGAGGCAAGGCAAACGCCCUUGGCUGCACGUCUGCAUAUAGAGCUGGUCCAGAAGGCAUGCAGGGAAGUCUCUGUCAUGGACAACGUUACGAAAAGCCCAGAGUGUCUUCUUUCUCGUCAGGAGGUUGCUGGUUUAGAUAUAGACCAGUUUACGUCAGCCACAAAGAAGCCUGCGAAGGCAGCGACAACUGCUGAUAAGGUCUUCUCACUGGAUUUGGACACAUUGGAGAGCCCCUUACCUCCAAACAAAGAGUAUAGUCUCCCUAAAUUAAUCACAUUCUCACCUAUAGAUGACCUGUAGAACUUAAACCACUUUUGAGCAUUUCCACUGUUUUUAAUUAACUGUGUGUCUACCUUGUCUUUAAUUUUAAUAAAACUGCGGCAGAUAUUGUAUACAACUGUCCCAUGGCUGUAAAACCAACAUCUUUUG